AUGUUCAGUGAAAAGAGCAGCACCUCUUUGUCCAAGAAACCUAGCCAGAAAAAGACCAGGCCCCAGGGGCUCCCAUCCCCUGCUCUCUGCUGCGCCUGCGGACUUUGCAUCAUGCUCGCCGGGAUCAACAUCACCCUGGUGGGAGCGUUCGCUUUUGGGACCUUCCUCCCCGUGAACAACCCCCCCAUCAUCAUCGGACCCAUCCUGCUGGUGGUUGCUUUCACGUUCUUCGGGGCCUGCUGCAUCUGUAGCCGGAGACCACCCGCCCAUGGGGCGAGGAAAUCCAAGCCAGGUUCCAACAUCGGGCUCAUCAAACCCGGUAACACGGCCUUCGAGAUAGAAACCAGCGAGCACACGGUGCAGGACACCACCGCCGUGCAGCUGAGCCCAACCAACUCGCCUGUGUCCUCCAGAAAGUCCACACCCGUCCAUGAGAACUCCAAGACCUGCAAACUCUUCACAAUGGAUGGUGAGCAGAGCACAGUGCAGCAGAGGUAG